AUGGCUUCGUUUGGCUCUCUGAAAACUGAAAUCUUCGAUCGGGAAGCUCGAAAACAGCAAUACCAAGCUCAUGUCCGAGGUCUCAACGCCUACGAUCGGCACAAGAAGUUCCUGAAUGAUUACGUCAGAUUCUACGGGAAAGAAAGGUCCGACAAUGUCAACUUGCCUGUUAAGACGGAUCAGGACACUAUAAGAGAAGGUUACCGGUUUAUACGUAGUGAGGAAGAUGACAUGGAUACGUCCUGGGAGCAAAGGCUGGUGAAGCGUUAUUAUGACAAGCUUUUCAAGGAAUACUGCAUAGCUGACAUGUCGUUUUACAAGAGUGGCAAGAUUGGUUUGAGAUGGAGAACUGAAAAGGAAGUCAUUUCUGGUAAAGGGCAGUUCAAAUGUGGUAGCAAACAUUGUAAUGAGGAAAAGGUCCUGGCGAGCUAUGAGGUGAACUUUUCUUAUUUUGAAGCUGGAGAAAAUAAGCAGGCGCUUGUGAAGUUGGUGGCAUGUGAAAAGUGUGCAGGGAAGCUUAAUUACAGAAACAGAAAAGAAAAAGGAAAACUGGAGAAGGAGAAAGAAGAGCAGAAAAGAAAGAGGGAACGAUACCGUAAUGACGACCAUUCAGGCAGCGACGACGAGGAUCGUAGCAAAGAGAAGAGGAGAAAAGGUAACAAGGCCUCUGCUUCAAGGAUCGACCAUGACGAUGAUGACAGCUUUAAUGAGUUCCUUGACGGAUUGUUUCUAUAG